UAAGCUUUUUUUCUUCUCUAAGCUAGUCUCUUUGCCGAAACUCUUAUCUUCAGAGAGAACAGAGAGCGGCUUCAACGAAAUGGCUCCAAAAUCCCUGAGAACGAGCCGAAACCCAGAUCUUAUACGUGGCGUUGGAAAGUUUUCCAGAUCAAAGAUGUACCACAAGCGUGGUCUCUGGGCAAUCAAGGCCAAAAAUGGCGGCGUUUUCCCUAAGCACGAGGCCAAGCCCGCUGUAACUGAUGCGGCUGUCACCAAGCAGCCCAAGUUCUACCCAGCUGAUGAUGUUAAGAAGCCACUCGUCAACAAGCGCAAGCACAAACCCACCAAGCUUAGGGAGAGCAUUACAACUGGGACUGUGUUGAUUUUGUUGGCUGGGAGGUUUAUGGGCAAGAGAGUUGUUUUUCUAAAACAGCUUCCCUCAGGGUUGCUUCUAGUUACCGGGCCAUUCAAGAUUAAUGGUGUUCCUCUAAGACGUGUAAAUCAAUCUUACGUGAUUGCUACUUCAACUAAGGUUGACAUUUUUGGGGUCAAUGUAGAAAAGUUUGAUGACAAAUAUUUUGCCAAGGAAGUUGCCGAAAAGAAAAAAAAGGGAGAGGGAGAAUUUUUUGAGGCAGAGAAGGAGGAGAAGAAAGUGCUCCCGGAUAACAAGAAAGAUGAUCAAAAGACAGUUGACACUCCAUUGAUAAAAUCCAUUGAAGGAGUCGCAGAUUUGAAGCCCUACUUGUCCGCAAGAUUCUCACUCAAGUCAGGCAUGAAACCACAUGAGCUUGUCUUCUAAAGGAAUUCUUCCAGUUACCUUGACAAAUGCUUUUUCUUGAAUUCUUUUCAUUUAUAUUUAUGGUGAUUGUAUUAAGAAGAUUUUGUGAACCUAAAUUUUGCAUUAGCUAGUAUCGUUUUAUGGAAUGAAUUUUGGUUGCGAUUAUGGUGGUUUAUGCUUGAU